CAAAGUGCAGGCUCAACCGUGAUACAUCAUUUUGAUGCAGUAAUGUCUUUUUUUGGGUACCUGGCUCUUGCUGUAACAUUUAGCGUGGCGACCAUGGUAGCGACGUAGGUAUUUUUCAAACUAUUUCGGGGUAAAGGGGGACACUGGCUUCACCAAACAGCUGCAAGCUAACAGUAGCUUUAGCGGAGGAGACGGUGCGGUGCAGCUGGCUCAGCUAACGUUAGCAGCCACAGCUGUUGACAAGUCCACACAAACUGCACCGACUCUCGGUCCAUCCCGCUGGAGUAACGUUACCGGGCAAAGAGGAGGAAAUGAACGAGCUGGUGAAGAGUCUGCCCUCCCCGACUCUACCGGGGCUCCACCUGCCAUGUUUGGAUACCGGUACCUACAAAGGCUGGCUCUUUAAAUGGACCAACUAUCUGAAGGGUUACCAGCGGCGGUGGUUCGUCCUCAGUAACGGCCUGCUGUCCUACUACAGGACUCAUGCCGAGAUGGCGCACACCUGCCGGGGCACAAUUCCCUUAGCAACAGCACACAUUGAGGUGGGUGACACCUGCCACCUGGUUUUAACUAGCGGAGGCCGAAGCUACCACCUGAAAGCAACCUCUGAGGGAGAGUGCCAGCGAUGGGUGUCAGCGCUGCAGCAAGCGAAGGCCAAUUCCUCUAUGAUGAUGCAUCACUCAGAUGACUCAGGAGAUGAAGGCCCUUUACCUCAGGAAGAUCGAACCCUGUCCCAAGGGGUGCUCAAGACUCUGGCCAGCAAGCUAGACGACCUGAGCACCUGUAAUGAGCUGAUAGGAAAGCACGGUGCAGCCCUCCAGCGCUCCCUCAGCGAACUUGAGGAACUGCGUGGCUCCGCUGACAGCACAGACAGAGUGAAAGCAGUUAAUGAGCGAGCCACCCUUUUUCGCAUCACCUCCAAUGCUAUGAUCAAUGCUUGUCGUGACUUUCUGGACGUAGCUGAAUCUCACAGCCGGAGGUGGCAAAAGACCCUGCAGCAUGAGAGAGAGCAGCGUCACCAUCUGGAGGAGACAAUCGAACAGUUAGCCAAACAGCACAACAGCUUAGAGAGAGCCUGGAGGGAGAACCCCACCUCAUAUACAGGUGUGGAGCGGUCACAGGAGGGGGAUGCGAGUGAUGAGAAUGACGACGCAGAGUUCUUCGAUGCCAUGGAGGACUCUGCAUUCAUAACCGUGACUGCGAGUGGCAACAUACAGCACAAGCGCUCAGGGAGUAAUCAGAGUAUGAUGAGUGGAGGAAUGUCCAAUGACUGGACUCACAAUGAGAAUGACACCUCAGGCACAAACCACAUGCAGCUACGAAGAACAAGACGCAGUCGUAUACCUGACAAACCAAAUUACUCCCUUAACCUGUGGAGCAUCAUGAAGAACUGCAUUGGCAAAGACCUGUCCAAGAUACCCAUGCCUGUAAACUUCAAUGAGCCAUUGUCGAUGCUGCAGCGUCUGACGGAGGAUCUGGAGUACAGCGAGCUCCUGGACCGCGCGGCUCGCUGUGAUUCCUCUCUGGAGCAGAUGUGCCUAGUGGCUGCCUUUUCUGUCUCCUCCUACUCCACUACAGUCAAUCGAACAGCCAAGCCCUUCAACCCUCUACUGGGGGAGACUUACGAGCUGGACCGACUGGACGAGUAUGGUUAUCGCUCCAUCUCUGAGCAGGUCAGUCAUCACCCGCCAGCUGCUGCCCACCAUGUGACCUCACAACGCGGAUGGACCCUGUGGCAGUAUAUCACCAUUGAUAGCAAAUUUCGUGGGAAAUAUAUUUCUGUCAUGCCAUUAGGAAACAUUCACCUGCAGUUCCACUCAAGCGGAAACCACUACGUGUGGAGCAAAGUGACCUCAACGGUGCACAACAUUAUUGUGGGGAAACUUUGGAUUGAUCAGUCUGGGGACAUUGACAUUGUAAACAACACGACCAAGGACACCUGCCGUCUCAAAUUCUCCCCCUACAGCUACUUCUCCCGAGAAGUUCCUCGCAAAGUGACAGGAGUGAUAGAGGACAGAGAGGGCACAGCCCAUUACAUCCUGUCAGGAACCUGGGACGACAAGAUGGAGAGUGCCAAAAUAGUGGACAGCAGCCAAGGGUGCGGAGGCUCUGAAGGCAAACAAAAGACAGUUUAUCAGACUCUUCAGCCCAAACUGUUGUGGAAAAAAUAUCCUCUACCAGAUAACGCAGAGAAUAUGCACUAUUUCUCGUCCUUGGCUCUGACUCUCAAUGAGCCAGAAGAAGGUAUUGCGCCCACUGACAGUCGUCUGCGACCAGACCAGCGGCUAAUGGAGGCAGGUGUGUGGGAUGAAGCAAAUGUACAGAAGCAGCGUCUAGAGGAGCGUCAGAGGCUGGAGAGGAAAAGAAGAGAGGCGCAAGCCACUCAGGCCCUGGAGGAAGGGCAAGACAUUGAGGGUUACCAGCCACUGUGGUUUGAGAAGAGGACAGAUGAUGUGGGAGAAAGCACCUACGUCUACAGGGGUGGCUACUGGGAAGCCAAAGAAAGACAGGACUGGAGCCAGUGCCCUGAGAUCUUCUAGGACAAAAGCUCCCGUUACACCGUGGCAUCAGACAGGCUGAUGUGAGGAUACUCUGUGAGUUAUGGACAGCUGUUUGUGUGUGGAUGUGACUGUGUGAGUGAGUGAACCAGCUAUUGAAAGAAGCCGUCAGUCAAGCACAACACAAGCUCCUGCUUCCACUUACUACUCCGCUCUCUUCUGCUCUUAUAACUUGUGUUUUCAGAAUGCAUGGCCUCAGUGUGUGUGUGUGUUGUGUGUAGGCUUAUUUAGCAUCGUAAAGAAAUGAUUAAUGAGAGUACAUACAGUUCUAAUGCGUGUCUGUGUGUGUGUAGGGUUGAGAGAUUUACAUAUGCUUUGCAGUGAAGUGAUUUCUGCACCAAAACACACACGUUUCAGUGGGUGUGUAUGGGAGUGACUUGGGAGCAAGGAGUGCCGUAGAAGUUUAGGUACGAGCACUGAAUGUCUUGUUCUCCUCAAAGCUGGAACAACAUGUUCCUCCUGUUGGGCUCUGACAGGCACACCACACUUUUUAAGGACCGUAGCAGGACUACGCAUUCCUCUACGCUUUGAGACAUUUUUCACAGCAGAACUUCACUUACUGAGCCCUCUGAUUCUUGGGGAUUUUUAAAGGUCUACUUCUCAAAGUUGCCCAAACUUUAUCCUAAAGGAUUUGAAUUUAUUUUCCAGUCUGACUGGAACUCUAACAAGCGUUUACUGGCCCAUGAGAACCAAAGUAGAUGUCAUUCUCUUUGGACAACUGACUGAAUACACCACGCUGUUUUACAGACAACUGCUGCUUUCCACAUGAUCUUGAAAUAACGUGUCUGAUUGCAUUAAAGGGGCACUCCACUUUUUACUAGAAUGAAGAUUACUAUGUCGCCUGUGAAAACAGCUGCAUGUUUUCACAGGAGGAGUUUGCUGAGUCAGGCAGAAUUCCUAAAGUGACGUCACUUGAGUUAUCUCUGCUUGGACUUGCACAAAUUUGUAACAGACAGCUUACGUUAUGUUAGGCCAUGCAAUUUGAAAAGUUAACCAAGCUGCAGGUUCUAACUAAAGACACCAAUGAGUUGCAUUACAGGAAAUGUGUUAUCCAGAAAUUUUGGACCCAAAAACUUAAAGUCAGGAUAUCAUCACCUCUGCUGCGUCUGUUUUGAUAACUCUGAUCAUAAAUCCCUAAACGUAAUGGUCCAGUGUGCAGGAUUUAGUAGCAUUUAUCAGUGAGGAUGCAGAACUGAAACUUCUCCUUUGUGCAGAGCAUGUAGGAGAACUACGGGGGCUGACACAAAUAGCCAUACCUACAGCCAGUGUUUACAUGGUUGUUCUGGGCCACUGUAGAAAUAACAGGGCAGACUCCGUGGAAGAGGAUCUGCUCCCUUUUUAGAUAUAAACGGCUCAUUCUAAGGUAAUAAAAACAGAACAAUUCUUGUUUUCAGAUGAUUAUAUAAUGAAUUAUGAAUGAAUUAAAACAUAGUUAUUAAUAUUUCAUUCUAUUUCUGAGAGUAUAUACCCCUAAAUCUUACACACCGGACCUUUAAUGGAACAAUAAAUCGCUGGAGUACUUCAGAUAUUUUAAGACUGAGGUCUUACUGAAGUAUAAAUCUGCUUGGCCUGGGGGAUUUUCUUCAGCAAGGAAUUAUAUUGGUGCUUAAUGGUAAUUUUAGCCUUAAUUAUCUAAUAAUGUAGUAAGUCCCUACUAGUAACCACUGGCUCCAGAGAUUCUGUACGUAUAAUGAAAAUCUGGCCCACUUUUUUUUUCUUUUGAGGGGAUUUCAGGGUGAAUUUUAAUAUCAGGGUUUAGGAUCUUGGUAAGUAGCAACAAACUUGUUUCCCCUUGUAACAACAGUAGAAAGGCUAACUCUGUGAGUGGUUUCUGUCUUUAAAUUGCUUUAUUUUGACAUGGCAGCAAUAACACAACUGCACAGUCACUUGAGAAGAAAAUACUCCCAGGUCAGGGGCAUGCUUUAUGCAGCACAAAAAGUACAUUUUGGUAACAGUAGUCCAUUAGCUGAAUGAUAGUUAUGUAAAGAAAUCAGAUUUAUAAACAUCAGUCAAGGACCCGAAACAAUUAAAAAAGGCUUUGCAAUACAUAUGUUGAGGUUGUACAUUAGUAGUAUAUAAAUAUUCUAUAAUAAGUAAUGUUUAUUUAUAGUUUUCAGCUUAAUGUGUAUUAUAAUAGGUCAUGAUGCACAUGUAUAAUUGCCUAGUAGCUUUUGGCCUGUAUAUAGCAAUAUAAUACAAAUAGAAUUGCCUCGUGUAUAAUCACUGUAAGAAAAUAUUGUUUCACGUUACUUGAACGUUCACAUUUUGGGCACUACUUAAACUCUAUCUGUGUAUACUUAAAUGAAGUCAAGAUUGUAUACCAGUUAAUGAGAUGUUGGGGAAUUAUGAAUAUAAGUUCAUAAGAUAUAUAAUAUUGAUGAUGCAAAUAAAGUGUUGUUCAGAUAAAGCACAAUGUUAUGUAUUUCUACAGGUAAAGAUACAUGCUAUAAUCUCAAAGGUUUCAAUGGCGACAUAUAGCUAUGCAUGGUUUUACUUGUAUGUGGACUCUUUCUGAAACAUGAUGUGAACUCACCUUUUGUGCCCAAUGACCUCAAAAAUGUUAUA